AUGUGGGGCGGAUGCCACGGGCGCUGCCGCCAGACGCUGCGUCUCGACCCGGAGCCGGAGCCCGCCGUCGCCGCGCCGUCGCGGCUGCCGUCGCCGUCUGCUGCCGCCAGCGCCGCGGCGCCCCCUCUCCUGCCCGAGGCUCGUGACGCGCGCGGAUGCGGACCA